CACUUCUCGAGUAUACUGUAUUAUAUCUUCUUGUAUUUUAUAUUUCAUUCCACUCGUUGCAUCAGCAUUUCCUCCUUUCAUUUUUGACUGACAGCGCAUUCGGCAUCUACCGGAAAUAAUCAAGUGAAGAAAAUCCAACAUAUUCAAAUCACAGAACCCCAAGUCAAGCAAAACAACAUGAAUGGCACAGCUAGAGCUAGUAGCUCUACACCAGCCAGCGAAAGCCAAAAGCUUCCGCCAGGCAUGGUCCUAGACAAAGACGGGAAACCCUGUCGCCUCUGCACCUCCGCCGCCUCGUGGCGCGCAAUGGCCAAGAAGGCAUCAGCAGCCAGCUCCGCCACUGCUGCAGCUGCUGCCGUUGCGACUAUACCAGCUACCACAAGCACCAACAACGACUGCCCGCCGGACGUCGAACAGCUCGGCCGCUCAACAUGGACACUGCUACACUCCCUCACAGCAGCCUACCCAACAACCGCGUCCAACGAACAACAGACCGAAAUGCGCUCCUUUCUCGGCCUCUUCUCCAAACUCUACCCCUGCUGGGUAUGCGCCGACGAUUUUCGGGCCUGGAUGGCGCAUCCAAGUGGGAAGAAUGAGCCGAGAUUGUCGAGUCGCGCGGAGUUUGGGCAGUGGAUGUGUGAGGCGCAUAAUGCUGUGAAUCGGAAACUGGGGAAGAAGGAGUUUGAUUGUAAUUUCUGGGAGGAGAGGUGGCGGACGGGCUGGAAGGAUGGACGGUGUGAUUGAUUAUGAUAUGCCAACGACGUGUAAAUAUAUAUAUGGCCAGAUGAGGUUUUUGCCAUUGGUGACUGAGUAUGUUGUUAUGUCAUCUCUACUCUUAUGUAUUUUAGAUGGAGGAUUUUUGCAUUGGAUUGCAUAUGACUAGAGCAGGCGCGGAUA